GCGUGGUUAAGGUUCUUCUAUUUAGCGAGAGAGAGAGAGAGAGAGAUAACAAUAAAAAAAAAAUAAGGGUUUUGAUAUUGAUUUCUAACGAUGUUUCCUCGAUCGUCAAAAAUCAAUCAACAAUCAACCAGAUUUGACGAGGAGGAUGAGUAUUUACGUCCGCUGUAUGAGUUCCGGCGUCGAGCGAAUGAAUCCGAUGUAUAUGUUCAUGGGCCCAUCACAAAUUUCCGUCAACUUAUUCGAUCAUCAGAAAACAAUCAACCGUCACUCUCGAUAACCAGAUUUGACGAGGAGAAUGAACGAAACGAUGGUUUCGACAUAGAAGGCAUCCGUGGUUCCGGAUUAAUGCCUUUUAGCUAUCAAGGUCUCUCGACCUUUACAUAUCCCUAUCGUCCUUUGGUCAAACGUUAUGCGAAAUUGGGUCUUCAUCGCUACAAUAUAAAAGAGGGUACAAACUUUGAGCUAGAUGCUCUAAUCAAAUUCAACAUGAGGAGCGUUGGUGCUUGCUCUUUCCUCAUAACCUUGGCUGCACGCGAUACAGUUGCCGGUCGUCCCAUGCAAAUUUUUCAGGUUCGGGUGGAUGAAAACCGAUAUGGACUUUUGGAUGCGACUUGCACUACUGCUAGAAUUAAAGGAGAGAGUACCGAUGGAUUUUGUCUACCCCAGCCGGUUUAUGGAUUCCCUGGUUGGCCCUCAGAUGAUGGUGUUUUUGAUGCUAGCGAACGCUUUUGCUCGGUGGAGAUAUCAAAGUUGAGGAGCAAUCCCUGGAUUCGUUUGUACCUGGAGCUUACUGUUUAUACAAAAGAUCGGAGGAUUUCAGAUGCAAGAGUAUCUAUCUAAGUUGGAGAUUGUGAAAGUGGUUAUAGAAACUAUCUAUGAUGAGCCUCCGCUCAAGGCUAAGAGUUCAGUCCUCUACAUAGUUUUCAAGGGAUUGGCUAGGAGUGGUUUCGGUGAGCAACUUGAACGCAAAGCUAUCAUUAAAAGUGUCUUUGAUGAGCAAACAGGAUCCUUGUCUCUCAUGGGUGAUUUGUGCAAGUCACAAGACGAUGUGACUUUUAUGAGUGUGGAAGAAAUGCAUUAUCGUUUUCGCCAAAGCUUAGGCGCCGUUUAGGCUUACUAUGUUGAUAAGAUUAAGUGCUAUGUGGAUCAUAUUAAGUAUUGAAAAGAAGAGUGUAUGUGGACAUUAUUUAUAUACAUAUGUGUAUGAGUGUAUCAAAAUAGUGUGUGAUUAGAACA